AUGGCCUCCGUUACGCGCUCCACCCGGAGGACCAACACUGAAGGCCUCGUCCAGCAGCAGCUUCACCCCCAUCCCCUUCACCAUCCUGUCCAGGCCUUCGCCGCCGCCAACACGAACACAGUGACGCGCGCCGCUGCCACCCCCCAAAACAUCUCCAGCUACCAGCACACUCUGUCCGGCCGCACCAAGCGACAGCUCGACCAGACCGAUCAUAUUGUCGAUUUCGAACACCAGAAACCCAAGCGACCACGGACGAGCAUCGAAAUCCUCAUUCGUCCUGCUUUGUUAUCGAGCAAGCCUGCUGUCGCCAACGCGACACCCACGACAAACGUCACCCCGACUCCGCAUCCGACCACGACCACGACCACGACGACGGCCACGAAGCCUCAGGCGGUCGCACCCCUAGCAAAACCCACGCCGAAACCCGCGCCGCAACACGUCGCGACGGUGCAUCCUCCGAAUCCAGCCGUUGCUGCUGCGAACAAAAAUGCUGCCCAGUUGACCAAGCAUCAGGAAAAGGUCAUUAAUGGGAUUAAACACGAGUUGGAUCGCCUACAGCCCCGCGAGGUCGAUACCCACACAAAGGAGGGGGGCCGCAAACUGCGCUCUCAAGAGGCCACUCGCUUCAAGAGCGAGCUGUCUGCGUAUUUCCCCGAGUAUGACGAGGUCAUCGGCAAUGAACCUAAAGAACAGCUCCCGUGGCACCGAAAUCUAGGCGCGACGCCAGAUCCCGGUGCAGGACUUGAUGGCUCAGCAAACUCGACUGCUGGACACAAUGUUCCUGUGCGCGGAUACGGCGAUGCUCUAUUUGACGAGCUUGUCGAUGCCCAGCGGAUAGAUUUUGAUUUCUUGGGCAUUUCGCACAAGCGAGAACCUGUAGAAGAUCCUCUUCCCGAUGCAUCCUUUAUAUCGUCUCACAAAAGAGCGGAAAGGCUGGAAAAGUCCAUUCGCAAUACCGAGCGGGGACGGGCUCAGCAUGAGAAAGACCAGAUUGCACGCCUCCUGGACGGUCUCCAGGGUCACGAUUGGCUGCGAGUCAUGGGUGUUAGUGGUAUAACAGAGACGCGAAAGAAGCAAUUCGAGCCAGCACGGCAGCACUUUGUCAAGGGCUGCCAAGCCAUCCUCGAUAAGUUCCGUCAGUGGAGCUUAGAAGAGAAGCGCCGCAAGGCUGAGAAAGACCGCGCUCUUGCCGAGAAAGCAGAAGCAGAAGAGUCAUCAAGCGAAGACGAGGACUCGUCUGCUGACGCUGAGAGUAGCGAGGACGAUGUCGAAGGGGAUGACGAGACUGGCGAUAUCAGCGACGGUGAUCCCCCAGGAUCUGACGACGAUGAUGAUUCUGUGACCAAACAGCUUCGCGAAGAGGCCACAGAAAGGUCAAGAGGAUCGAAGAACAGCAAGAAACGUCCACGUGCGACACCACAGCCACGGCCUCCUCCAAAGCCUGAACCACCAAGGGAAUUCAAAUCCUUCUUCAAGAAGAGAUACGAGCGUGAGAGCGCUUUGCACCGGCACAGGCGUGCGGGCCGCAAGGUGGUGGCAUGGGGACACCCGUUACCAGAGAUACCCGAGAUCGACUUCGAUCUCCCUGAAGAGUUGCGUGAUGAGGAGACACUGAGGGUACAUGCGAGGAAAAGACGCCGGGAUCGCCGUGGCCGAACCUGA